AUGACCAAAACAGGCAAAUCCUCUGCCUAUUGGAGUGACAUCUGCCAUAGGUACGCCCAGGGCACUUUCCAAUUCAGUACAGGCAAAAGACCUGGAAGCAGAAAAUGGAAGGAGGCACUGGAGCGGAUUGAUGCCUUUCCCCUGCAAAGGGGGAAUAAGGUGGACCUGUUUGGCAGGCACAUAGCGUGCACUUGUGGGUUCCAUAAGUCAACAGAUAAGGCCUUGAAUGAGGCAGGGCUCAACGUAGAGGCAGGCAGCAGCUCAGAGGAGGCAGGGACAUCACAGGGAGAACAAGGGGUGAAGUGUUCUUUGUGUAGAGUGUUUGUGGAGGCAGAGAAGUUCUCAGAGCACCUCUCUGACCACCACGUUGAAGAGAGCUGUAACAGCUGUGGGGCCCGGGUCCAGGGUGCUGUUGGACUCCUCCAACACAUUGAGUCCAGCCAUUAUGGGGCCCUAUUGGCUCCACGUGUCCACCCUUCAAAAAAUCCCACACCAUCUCCACAGCUGCCGCCACCUCCUCAGCACUUGCCGUCUCCACUGCCAGCACCAGUGUCUUCAUCCCUGUGGCCAUCUCCAUCCCCAUGCCACUCUGCAGCUCCACGGCCCUCACCACCACUUCCACAGCGCUCUCCAUCUCCACAGCCCACUCCAUCCUCACGUCCAGCACCCUCACAGCAUCCCAUACCAUCUCUACCUCAGGCUGUUACUGAUUGGGAGAGCUUUCUUCCCAGUCAGUUCAAGAGAGUCCUCCAGCCAGCAGAUUGGGUGUGGAUUGCCAAGUGCCUCUAUGAGUCCACAGGGCAGCUGAGGCAGAAGAUCCCGGCAAACUGGUUUUAUCCACCUAUGCAGCCCAAGCCAUCUCCACCUGAGCCCGGGUGGUACUUCCGACAGAGGAUGUUCUACUGGGCACCAAUGAGGAUGUGGGGCAUUCCUCUUAAAUGUCCACAGUGUGGCCAGAAGAUGCACCAUUCAGGGAUCUACCCGAAGGUCAGGGAGGUGAUAGACAUGGAUAACCGCUACUAUCUGGUUGGUGGGGACUAUCCACGCUGCAGUGCAUGCAAGUUGCCAGUAUGCCCAUGGAGCCAGGACAUCCUUUCACAACUGGAUGUGGCACACAGGGCCCUGUUUCCAGCAAUGCUGACCACUCAGCUAGCCCUGGACAGGAAAUGUGUGACCUUCCUCAGGCCAAGGACCAGUGGCAACAGUUCCUCCUAUCUCCAGUCAGCAGUAGAGGAAGUCCACAGUGAGGAGUGGGCACGACGAACCAUCCAGUACCUCUCUGACUGUGAGCAUCAUUUGAGAAAGUUUGCCCUGGUCCAAUCUGCAACGGCACCUGCCUUUUCUGCACCUGCACCAUUCAGGCCACUUCCACUUGCCCAGUGGUUUGAGACUGUCCACUCCAACAACAUCCUCAGCCAUCUUGACGAGAUGAAGGGGGUGAUAACCUCCACCUAUGGCAGAAUUCUAAAGAUGGAUUCUACUAAGAAGAUCACCAAAAAGCUGGCUGGUGGCAUUGGGGACACAGCUGCAUGGAUGACCAAUAUUGGCAAUGAGCUCGGCCAGGUUUUGAACAGUGUUUUGACAACAGGUGAAGGCGCAGGACUGGAGGAGCUGUGCCAGGGCGUCGUCAGACGCUACCAGAAUGCUGGCGAGCCAGAGCCUGAGGUCAUCUAUGUUGACCGGGAUUGCUGUAGUCAGUCAGGAUGGAGAUGCAAUGCCAUGCACACACAAAUGUACAUGUUAGAGGGGGCCUCAAGGUGGAACAUGAGCCGGGCAAAAGAAGCUGUAUCUGUGGUGGGGGCCUCAACACUCAGGACAUUCGAUGUCUGUUUAAUGUCUCAUUUAAACAACAUGAGCCAACGGGUCCUUGGUCAGGCUUUGAUGCCAGAAUUCACCCCUCCGGGAAAACCCACUGGGGAGCGCAUUGCAGUGGAGUACCUGUUGGCCCAGUCCAAUAGAGGCGACCAGUUGAUUGUACACCACCAUGACAUGCCUGAAGUCUCCCCAGAGGAGCCCGAAGAUGAAAUUGAAACGACUGUGUGCCAUGCAGCUGACCUUAGGGCUGAUGACUCUGACCCUCAAGUAGCUGUCGUGGAGGCCAGCUGUCAGGUGGGUGACACUGGACCCAAAUCCCCUGAUGAGGAGGUCACUGAGGAAGAGGAGAAUGACACUGCAAGUCCUAGCACAUCAGGCCAGAGUAAACAGCGUGAUUCCAGAGGUGUCUCUGGCUGGGAGGCAGUUGAUGCCCUGGCAGCCUACCUGGUUGGCCUAAACAGAACGAUCACUGCCUUGUCAUCACAAGAGGAGGCCAACAUAGUCCAGCUGCACAUGGCUCUGCAUGCCAUGGACAAGAUGCCAUCAAAAUAUAGCCAGAGAGUUAAGAAGAAGACUUUGCCAGGACCUUGGAGAGCGUCCAGGAAGCGGAGUGGCUCUGCUCCAGGACAGCAGGCCGCAGAGAGACUGUUCAUGACUCAUGGGCAGGCAGCUCAGAACCCUGAAGUGCACAGGGUAUGUGAAUGUGUUUGCCUACGGCUUUUAAAAGAGUGUCAGCAAGCACGGAACAGGCCCAAGGACACACAAGGAAAAACUCUGCCAAUACCACAAUCUAUUGUGGUGGUGUACAGCCACUUAAAACAGCUGCUGGAGGACAGCAGAGCAGUUCUAGGACAGACUAACCUGGUUAUGGUCCCAAUAAACACCACUACUGUCUCCUCGUGCAGUCCAUUUUGCCCUGUUUUUGGCCGAGUGGUUAAGGCGAUGGACUUGAAAUCCAUUGGGGUCUCCCCGCGCAGGUUCAAACCCUGCCGAUUAUGGCUGCUUUGCUUUAGGCGUUCGCAUUGUCGGACGUACAGUUUCGCGAGCCGCUUUGUUGCUUCAACCCAAGUGAUGCAUGGAGUCGAGCACACCCCUGACCGAGAACACUUUGUUCUCCUUGACAAAGGAGUUUCUCUAUCGGCGGAAGGAUAUCUUUGGCAGAGCAGUGGCGCGCUGGCAACUCCACCGAGCAGCAAGUUUAUCGAGUCGGGACUGGAAAUAAUCAAAAAUAAGAAGAUUGAAAUCCAAUAA